ACCAGCACAAAACACAGCAGCACAAAAGUUGGCAACACUGUACUGUUUUUACUUUUACGCAUAUGUUCUGUUACAGUGUCGCUGUUGUGAUGGUUUUGCAACCCGCAUGUUGCUUUUCAGUACCAAAGUUUCAAGGCGGUUUACAGCACUUUUUUUGGAAGACUGGAGCACACCAAAACGUACCUGGCUCCUCUUCCUCCUCAUGAGUAAAACCUGCUCAGACAGCCGGGGAGGCGUCAACAGCAGAAAAAAAAAAGACGACCCGCCGGGUGGCCGCGAUUGUUUUGCAAAACCUUUGUUGAGAUGGGGCCACCUUUGGCUUGGAGGCGAUUAUCUCCUGCAAAAAGGUGUUAAUUGGGCUUGCAACCUGAAGCAGGCAUUGGGUUUCUGGGAAAUCUCAGUCUCCGCCCCUCAAGGGGCAAAUGCAAUAACAGGAGGCGCGGAGGAGCAGGCUGGGGUGCAAGUCUUCGUUUCUGUGCUUAGAUUAGUUCCUUGCAGUUCACAGCCAAGCAACCAUGAUGGGUUUUUUUAUGAUAAGUCGAACAACAGGACCACCUGGUGGCAAACUGGCCCCUUCUGGAAGCUCGAGUAAACCCAGGAGAACAUCCUCAUGCUUUAAUUUGGGUUUGGCAACAACCGCCCAAAGACAGACAUGGCAAACUGUCUUGUCCAUCAUUCCUCUUCUUUUUGCCAGCACUGCUGCUUAUAACGAAAGCUAUUUAGCUGCGACUUACCAGACUCCACCUGGCACAAAACCAGGGUCUUCAGAUUCCUUGCCUUUCCAGAACGUUACUGAUGGGCAGCAGUUGACUAGGCAAGACUUGCAAGAUUGGUCUGACAGUGGCCAGCCACGUUUUCCUGCUACAGGGAGAGAUCUGUAUACUGCAAACUUAUCAGCCAGCACGGCUGGCACUGUUGACUGGUCCUUUGUUGCAAAUACCCAGUGGGAUUCAAGUACUGUCUCUGGAAAUAUGGAGUUAAACUUUAGUGAGCAAGGACCCCUGAGUGUUGACUCCACUGUCUUGAAGAUGGACGAGAACAGUUCUAAUGUUCUGGACCUUGCAACUUCACUCGUGCCUGAUUCUACAAGCAUUUCUCUUAAGCUUGCUUCUAAAGGGAUUGAGCAGCUAGAAAUUACCACGGCACCUCUGUCUCUCAUAUCACAAGCAGUAGGAACUGAAAAAAUGGAGACUGCUUACACCAUAAGGGUAACUCCUACACUGUCCCCAAUAUUGCCUCUUCUAGACAUGAGCAGCUCCUUGCCGUUGGAUCCAAAUAUAACACACCAGUCUGCACCUGCUUUCCAAAAUACUGCUGCUGCUACUGAUCAGCCAACUGCUGCUGACACUGUGGUCUUAACUUCAAGAAACCCAAUUGCUCUGGAGCACAUCACCAGGGAUGUGCAGGGCCUACAUGAAACGUUGUUGUCUUCAACUGAAAUGGUCUACAAAACCAGUAUAAGCAGGAUAAUGUCUGAGUAUGCUGGCACAGCUACUUCUACACAUAGUGACUUCCUCAGUGAGCAGUACAGGAAGAAAGAAGGGUCCUACCUAACAUCUGUAGGUUAUGAGACACUGCAUACCACUCAUCAAGAUUCGAUGACCUCUUCUGUUGGAACAACUUCUCCUGGAAUCACUAAUAUAAGGAUGAAAUUUCUCCACCCAAGUAGUGGGCAUGCAUCCCAUAUUUCUCUGGCUUCCACACUGCACACUCCUGCCAAUACCUUGCCUGGCUCUUCUUCACAGUCUUCUGGUGCAAGUUCACAUAAGGCUGACUCUGAGCCGAAUAUUGUGUCCAAUGGCCAGAAACUUGAUACCACUGAAUCAUUGAGUAGAGGGCCUCCUGCAGCUGUUCCUGUAACUUUGUCCCAGUCUUCCCUCCGGCCCUCACUUAGUCAUUCAAAUGAAGCUUUGCCAGCUGUUACUUUACAUGCUUUUACAACUUUGGCAGGCUCCACAGGAUCUAGAAAGUCCAGAGGGUUUCCCACUCCGCAGCAGCUUGAACUCCUAAGCACUGGCUUUUCUCCACAUAGACCUAUCCCCAUGACUACAGAGUCUCCUUUUGUGUCUUCACUGUCGGCUGCCACUGAUGGAGCCCAUGUCAAUCCAGAGAACUACACUGAGGUCCCUCUGAAUUCUGUCUUCCCUUAUUGGGAGGGUAAGGGCACAAUCCCGCCCGUCCAUAGCUUACCAUCUACAGCUGCUCUGACUAGGUCUUCAAGCCAACCAACCAUGACAGAGUCCACCAUGAACAGGUCCCCGUGGUCCAAAGCUAGAAAUCCUACUUUACCCGUUUCUCAUAGUUUGACAGCAGAGUCUUCUGCUGAUGUGGCUCAUGGCAGUGUUAACAAGGUGGCUUUGGAGACUACUACACAUAUUCCUCAUUCAUCAGCAGAUGGGGAGGCAGCGUUCAGCCUUUCUCUUGCCACUAUGUCACUCAGCCUUGGCACUCAUGCAGAAACUGGCCUGUCUGUUGGAUCCCAGAGUUCUCGGAUGAAAGAGCAGGUCACAUCUCUGCCGCCAUCUCUUAGUACUACUGAAGAGGACUCUUUAGCCACUGUUGGGGUGAUAAGCACUUCUGCAGGCAAAGAAGCUAGGCUGGAAUUUAAGGAAGAGCCCUCUCCUGUACCACAGGAGCUUAUUGGUUUCAAUGAGGCCUCUACACAUGGCACCAUCUCAAACAGCAAAAGUGGCAUGACCAACUUUGACAUUAGUUCCCCACCCUGGCAAGCUUCAAGUUCUUCACUUGGCACAUUGCAUGCUGGGGAAGCUGAAACAGGAUAUAAUGUUGGUCCACUGGAAGGUGUAACCAACACUGCUAGUUACAGGGAGCAGAUGACCGAGCCCCAUAAAAUAACUGCUGCUGCUCAAUUGAUGCCUAUGUUCUCCACGGAGGUCCCACUGAUGGCUUCAGGAAGUACUCCAACUGAAGACUUGGUCUUUAGCUUAACUUCUGCAGAGUCCCCAGUUCAGCUGACAGAUGAGCACUAUGCUUUGCCCAGGAGGAGGAGUGGAUCGAUGCCAACCCCUUCUCCAAUUUCUACCUCUCUUGCCACCUCGAGGGUUGUGCUGAAGUCCAAGGAGCCUUCUGAGCUAGGGCCUCUAACAGUGUCCUCGGCCACAAAGAUGGCUAAUGAUUCCAUUGUGCACACAUUUACAGCAAGAAGUGACACUAUGCGCCUCUCUAGCCCAUACCUAGAAACAGCAGAGGCUACCCUGCCAAAUAGAGAUGUUUCUGAUGGAACGGUACAUGUUGAUCUCUCUACAGGAGACGCUACGACCAGGUCUGCAGCAGAAUUUCUCAGUGUGACUUCCCAGGGAUGGAAGCUUGCCCUUCCAAUGUCAUCUCAUGCCACAGCUUCACACGGAAACAUAACAGAAUCAGGAAGAUUUUUGGUCAUUCCAGCCCGUGGGUCUGUAUCUACAAGCGCUAUCUCAAUGGGCUCCUCUAGGAGCAGCGUUCCCGAGUCAAUUUUGAAGAUAAAUGAUGAGGCUACUGAGGGCCCAAUGAGCAGGUGGAAAGAGCAGGGGACACCUACCAACACAAUGCUGCCUGUUGCGUCCAGUGCAGAAGCAUGGACACACGAUUUGAAAGCCAUCACUUCUUCUCAAACAGCAGCUAACACUAUAGAUACAACCACACUUUUGCCUACAAGGGCCUCUGAGGUUGACUUCAAUGUCUCUGCUGUAGCAACUACACUGGGGACCAUACUAGGAUACAAGAUCACAGAUGCCUUUACUGCAGCUGUCACACAAGUAGUUAGCACAAUGGCUUUGCACGUUGGCAGCUCAGGGUAUGAAAGUUCCACUGCCUCUCAAGGCCCUGCAUAUCUGUCUCUCCCAGAGACCACAUCUACCCAGGCUGUCCCUGUGUCAUCUGUUACAACAGAUCCGCUGACUAGCCCAAGAAUUCUUCCUGGUGAGUUGUCAAGAGCAGCUUGCAGGAAUGCCCCUUGUACAGUGAGCACCAUCCCAGCAUCUUUCACACCGUCUCAAGGUGCAUCAACUCAGAUUCCCACUACUACCCAAGCACUCAUGACUAGAAAGCUUUUGGUUACUCUACUGGGGUCAACAGAUGCCAUGAAGAAUGGGGCCAGUGCAGUUCUUGGCACCAAGGAGACCAGCCCUGAGUAUCUGAUAAGCACAACUACACAAAUGGUGUCUGGAAACCAAGACAGCAACACUCCAAAGCAGCCAGUGUCAAAGUUCGAGGCUCCAGCACUGAGCCAGUUCACCAGGAAGGAGAGUUUUACCUGGAGAACAUCUACACCACCUGUUCUGGCUGUGUAUAAUCUGCCUCUGCAGUUCCGUCUCAUUGGAAUUGAUUAUGAUGAAUCCUUGCAGAACAAGUCCUCUCAAAGCUACAAGACGCUGGAGAAAGAAGUAAAGUUGACCUUAAACAAGAUGCUAUCUACCUAUGAGACCUUUCUUCAAGCAAACAUUCUCCGUUUCUUGAAUGGCUCUGUGAUCGCUGAGGCUGUGGCUGUGUUCCAGGCUGGAGGCCCUGUUCCCACACCCUCGGACAUCAUCCGUACAAUUGUCACAGAGGUGGAGAGGCGGGAAAUGGACACCUUCUUUGGCUGGAGGGUGGAUCUGAAAUCUCUUCAGUCAAAAGGGUUCAGCUUGAAAAACCUAGAACCAGAGAAGCUGGCUGUAUCAUUCACAGUUCUGGGGCUGGGAUCUUCAGCAUGGCAUGAUGAACUUGAUGGCAUGAUGAACCUGGAACAUAUGGAAAAGCUAAGACGCAAGGUGUUCCUGUUGCUUGGAACUCGGUACACAGUCCAGAAUAUCUCUCUUAAUCAAGUUGGAUAUAGCCAAGGUGGUGUCAGUAUAAAUGGAGAUGUCUAUAUUGAUACCAGUGCUCAUGUGGACAUUGACUGGGCUCUAAAAGCACUGAUGGGGCUUAGAAACUACUCUGUGGACCUCACGUCUCUCUCCAUCAAUGGGUCACGCCUAAGUCUCCAGGUCUUUCCAGUGUCUUUCUUGGUAACCAACAGGAUAUUCAACGAGAGAAUGAUGGAUCGUUCUUCUGUAGAGCAUCAGAACAUUGCCAAGGAUAUAUCUGAUGUGCUAACGCAUAUUCUGGGGAAGUACAAAAACCUCCUGCAAGUGGCAAUCCGAGACAUCACCGGUGGAUCCCUGAUAUGUCAUGGAGAUGUGAUAUUCCAGCACCCAGCUCCAACCAGCAAGGAUGUCCUACAGACGCUCGCUCUUUCAGUUGGCCCGAAGGAUUAUCUGGACUCCUCAGAUCUCCAAGUGGACCCAUUCUCCUUUACCGUAGCAGGUGAUGGGCUGGAGCCUCCCGUUAUACAUCGAGGUGUCCCUGGCUAUGUGGUAGCCAUCAUUGUGCUCUGUGUCCUUGCAAUAGUUGCUCUUCCUAUCCUGGCUCUGCUGCGAAAGGUGCGUGGCCGGAGAGACAAGAUUAUUAUCAACAGGUGGCGUGACCAUGAAGCGUGCGUGGAGACAUUUGAACUAGAUAACCCAGGAUUCUACCCAACUCCGGAUGAGGUAUACUCCAGACUGUCAGAACAUAUGGAAAAAUGAUGGUGCCAGAUGCUAGACUAGAAGAAUCAAAGGCUUGGGAUGAAGAUGGGAUGUUUUCAUACCAUCUGAGUUGGGCCUUUUUGUCUGCUGAUGUGAUACCAAACAGUGUCUGAGCCAGAGCGGCGGAGGAUGCAGGAAGGUGUCGACCAGUGACUGGUCAUAAGAAGAAGAAAUGCAAAUACUGAUCUUAACGCAAAAUUGCUGCAUAGUGUCUUGAACAGAAUUGGAAAGGGGGAUGUGGAAGCAACGAAACUUUUUUUUUAAAAGAGGGGAGUGUGUAAUGGCUUCCCUUUGUAAAUUCCACAUUCGAUUGACUGGGCAUCUCUUUAAAACUAGAAGUGAGGUUUUAAUGCCAGGAGAGGCAAAUAGUCCAGAACGAGAGUGCAAGGCAGUAGCUGGUUGUGUUCUGUAGCUUUGAGGAAGGGUGGCCCCAGAACUUAAGCACACAGGUCAAAAGGUUUAUUAUACCUUUCCCUUGUGCCCAUACUUGAGGCCUUCAUUGUAAAGAUCUUUCCUCCCGAACCAGCAAAGCAGUCUCGUAUUUUUUUUAUGACUAAGCUGAUGUUUUAUGUAUGUCUUUAAAACAUUUAUUAUUACUUUGUAUGUUUAGGGCAUAGAAGCUAGUCUUUUGUUAGUUUUUCCCGAUUGGAUGUUUACUGUUCCUGACCAGAUCUUGGUAGGAUAAGAACUCAAGGUGU